AUGUAUUUACAAGCAGCACGAUCCAUAGCAGCAUUUGCUGGUAUGUGUGAUCGUGGCUUAGCUGAAGAUAUGUAUGAAGUAGCUGAACGAGACGAUACAACAAUAAAUGCAUUAACAAUUUUACAUAAUCAUGAUUAUGAUUGUAAACGUGCUAUACAAGCACUUGUUAAAUGUCCAAUACCAAAAGGUAUUGAUAGAAAAUGGUCGGAUGAUGAUCAAAAAAAAUUUAUUAAAGGUUUAAGACAAUAUGGAAAAAAUUUUUUUCGUAUACGUAAAGAUCUUUUACCUCAUAAACAAACAUCAGAUCUUGUCGAAUUUUAUUAUUUAUGGAAAAAAACUCCUCAAGCACAAACAACUCGUUCACGUCGACGACAACGUCCAUGUUCAACAUCUGCUAUUCUAUCAACUACACCAACACCAGCUAAACAACGUAAUACAAAAAAUAAUAAUAAUAAUAAUAAUAAUAAUAAAGAUGAAUCAGAACAUAAUUCUGAUAAUGACGAUAAUCAAAUUACAACAGAUUUUGAUGAACAAUAUUGUCGUCAUUGUCAGAUAGCAUCAAAAAAUUUACAAAUAGCUGGACAUGAUAAUCAAUUAUUAUGUUAUUCUUGUCGAAUCUAUUAUGAAAAAUCUGGUCAAAUGCCAAUAAUAAAUCUUGAAUGUUCACCUUAUUUAUUUAAGCCAUUAAAUAGAACAAGUUCAACAUGUACUAAUAGUAAUAAACGAAAACGAAGUAAACCAAUACAAUCACCAAAUGAUAAUAAUUCAUUAUCAACACGUUCAAAAAAGAAAACUUGUCUUAAUGAAAAAGUUUCAUUGAUUAAACAAAAAAUUGAAGAAGAACAAGAAUCAACAAUAAAAAAAGAAAUUAAAUUAGAAGAACAAGAAAAUGAAAAACCAUCAUCAUUUUCAACAAAUUCUUCUCUUGUUAUUAAAACAGAAGAUUUAAAUUUACGAAUUCUUACACCAACACCAUGUAAACAAGAAUUUAAUUCUCCAUCAUCAAUGCUUUCAGAUAAUACGACAAAAAUUCUCAUUGAUCAUACGAAACAAAAUAAUACUAAUGCAUUAAUAACUUCACCUUCUUCAGCAUUUUCACGUACAUCAAAACAAUCAUUAAUACCAAAAAUUUCCGAUGAAUCUAAUUCAUCAUUAAAAUCAAAUACAAAUCAUUCAACAAUUCUUAAUAAUAAUAAUGUAUCAACAGUUAUAUCAAAAGAUAAUGAUUUAUCAAAUGAUGAUGAAAAUAUAUCAGAUAAUUCAACAAAUUGUAUUCAAGAAUUUAUUUGUGAUCAAGGACCAUCACCAUUAAUAUGUGAAAAAGAAUGUUAUAAUAGAUCUCAAGAAAUUAUUUUAUUACAAGUCUAUGAUCGAUCAAAAUCUCAAAAUUCUUGUGCACGUACUGAUAUUAUUCUUAAACGUCGUUUGCCUAUACGCCAAAAACAAACUGAAAAACAACAAGAUUUACCAUCAUCAACUACAACAAUCAUCAAUGUUAAACAAGAAGAUCGAAAUUUAUCUAAAUUAUCAUUUUCUUUGGAUAAAGGACGAUCAAUGCAUCAUCAAUCUGGUCCACCACCACACCCACUACCAACAACACUUCCACAUCAUGAUUCAUUAUUAAUAAAUCGUAAUAAUCCAUUGUUUCAUCCAUUACCAUUACACGGUCUUGCCAGUGGAUCUAAGCCUUCAUUAGGUUUUCCUUCACCAUUUGGUCCAUCACCCCAUGAAAAUGCUACAUUACGUCAUAUUGAUCCAUUAAGUUUACGUUUGAUGAAUCCUGCUGCAGCUGCUGCUCAAUAUUUUGCUGGUCAACCACCUUUUCCUAAUGGUAUUGGACGUCCAACUCAUGCUGGACUUGAUCCAGCAACAGCUGCGUUUUUAUUUGAUCCUCAUUGUCGUGGUAUGAUUUCACCAUUUGCUAAUACAUCACCGUCAUCAAUAGUACUACCACCACCACCACCACCGUCACUAUCUUCGUUAAAUAAUUCAUUAUCAUCAUCAAAAAUUAAUAAUGGAGCACCUAAUCAUGCUCAUAUUCAUUCACAUUCACGUACACAUUUGCAUUUAGCUAAUUCAAAUGAAUCAUCGUCAAAUACUACAAAUGGUGCACCAUUACCACCAUCAACUCUUUUACCAUUUGCUAAUCCUUUUUCAGGUCUAUCUCAUGGUAAUCCAUUAUUAGAUACCGGUGGUUCGCUAUCAGUACCAAUAAAUUUUGAAGCAAUACAUAAUUUAACACGUGAACGCGAAUUAAUGGCAUUGAUCUUAGCUAAUAAUAGUCGAUUUGAUCCAAUGACAUUAGGACUUGUAAAUUCACUUCAAAUGUCACGUUAUGAUGAUUUUUCUCGAAUGAAUUUAAGAGAACGAACUAAACGUGAACAUAAUGAAAAUGUAUAUCGUCGUUUAAAUUUAGAUAAUGAAAGACAACAACUUCGUUUUCCAUUUCAUCAUCCACCUGAAGAGCUCCUUCGGCGCUUUUGA